AUGGCCCAGGAUAUGCCCCCCCGGGGCGGGUACGAGCCCGUCCAGUACAAGCGCAACCUCCCCGCCAAGGGUUUCCGCCCCGGCAUCAUGCUGCUCGGCAUGGGCGCCAUCAUGAGCUACGGCUGGUACAGACUCGUCCACGGCAUGCGCGAGGCCAACGAGCUCGGCCGCGAGAAGAUGUGGGCGCGCAUCAACCUGAUCCCGCUGCUCCAGGCCGAGGAGGACCGCGACCAGGUCCGCCGGUACUGGGCCGACCAGAAGCGCGAGAAGGAGCUGCUCGGCGAGAACGCCAAGGUGUACCACACUGACCGCUUUGUGAAACCGACCUUUGCCGUCACCCCUCCUCCCACGACCAACUAG